AUUGAAAUUUGCGGGCUGGCUGCAGCGAGAAGCGAGAGCGGAAGCAUGAAAGCAUCGUGACUGGACCUCAAAACAAAUUACUGUAUUCAUUUACCAAAAUCAACCAUGCCGACAGAACUCGAAGAGCUCGUGGGGUUUAUUGCCCACCCAAACCCUCAAAUCCGCAAAUUGGCCACUGAGAAUCUCGUGCCAUAUUCCGCGGAACAACCUUCGAUUUUCAAGACCGAGGAGCUCCUCCCCGUGAAGCAUCUCAAGUUUUUGAUCCGGGAUCAUCCAGAAAUUGCAGAGCAUGCUCUCACUAUCUUGAUCAAUUUGACGGCAGACCGAAGUGUUCUAGAAUAUGUAGCCACCGACGAUAAAUUUCUCGGUAUCCUCCUCGGAAAUUUGGUUGACCCGGCAGAACCUAAUGCCAAUCUGCUCGCCAUGCUGCUCGCCAACAUGGUUAAGUGGGAUGAUCUGAAGAGCCUCGCGACUCGCAAGCAAGACCCUCCCAGCGCUCUGCAAUCCAAUGAGCUCGUGCUUAAUCAGCUUCUUGAUCUCUUCGUCAAGGGGGCUGACGGCACGUACAACAAAAAGGCCGAUUUCGACUACCUCGCCUACGUCAUCGCCGAUCUCUCCAAGCACCCCGAGAUACGGCAGUUCUUUGUCACUAAACAAGAGUACGACGGCGUCGUCCCCAUCAACAAGAUCAAGGUCUUUACGGAGCACAAGUCGGAUAUUCGGAGGAAAGGUGUGGCAAGCACCAUCAAGAACGCGGCGUUCGAUGUGCCGGCACACCCUGCGUUCCUCGACGAGGACCAAAUUGACAUCCUCCCUUAUCUCUUGCUGCCUAUCAUGGGAGGCGAGGAAUAUGAUGAUGAAGAGACGAUGGGGAUGCUGCCGGAUCUGCAGUUACUACCACCCGAUAAGCAGCGAGAUUCAGACCCCAAAAUUGUUCAGGCCCACGUCGAAACACUGACCCUUCUGACAACUACGAGAGAAGGAAGGGAGCUAAUGCGGAGGGUCAACGUGUACCCGAUCAUCCGGGAGACACAUCUCAAGGUCAACGACGAGGAUGUCCGCGAGGCAUGUGAGCGGUUGGUCCAGGUACUAAUGAGGGACGAGGCUGAGCCGGGGGCAGAAGAGGAAGCCGAAGACGACGGCGAGGACGACAGGAUAGUUGAAGUUUAAGACUGUUCAAAUGCAGACGGGAGUCGAUUCGAAUCACAGAUGCCACCAAGACACCAAGCAAAACGCCACCUCAUACCCCUGCUACCCAGCCCGGACGGUUAGGGCAAGGGGUCGCGUGCUCUCAUUCCUGCGCUGGCAGCCAAGAGUCCAAGACUUACCCAAGACCGCCACAGCGGAACGCUACGUGAGCCAAGCAAAAACAAGCAUUGGGACGAGCAGCAAGAAAGCUUA